GGAAUCCGACAAGUUUGGCGUCAAUAACCAUAUCCAUCCCUUCUCUCUCUCUCUCUCUCUCUCCCUCCCUCCUGUGUUGUUGUUUCAGAAAUUCAAUUCCAAUUCAAUUCAAAUUCUCAGUUAUCUCACACUUUUUCUCUCUCUCUGUACUCUCACUCUUUUCAUCUGCAGCAACUGUACUUACUAGAUGCUUUGCGUCAUAUCCAAAUACACUACAGGUCCCCCCCAAAAUACAUUCAUGGUUCUGUGGUCCAAUCCUUCUUUGUAAUUUCCUGAUAUAACUUUUUACUUUUUUAUGUCUGUUUCCACCAAUAAUCCACCCAGAACUGGUGGUGGCGCUGGACAAAGCGGCGGCGAUGAUGACGAUGACGACGCCGGUGCCGGUGUUAGUGGUAGGUGUAAGGAGAUGGAUGAUUCAGAAGAGGAAAAUGAUCAGAGUAAGAAGAUAAAGGGGAAAAAGGUAUCUUGUUUUCGGUUCAGGAAGGUUAAAGGGAAGUUUUUGUGGAGGAAACAGAAAGGGGUUUCUGUAAAUUCGGACAGAAGAAGGGAAUUAUAUGGAGGAGGAGGGUGUUAUUUGUGCUUGAAGAAACCGCUGACUUCUGAUUCAGGGGGUGAGUCACAGACGAGUGAUCCUAAUAGCCCCACGUUUACUUAUGAGAUGCUUAGAGUUUUUAUUGAAAAGAAUGAUUUUUAUUCCAAAGAAUGCAACCCCCAUUUGGAUGUAGUAGAAUCUAAGCCUUGCUCUAUUCAAAAUAAUAAAUGAAAUGUGAUAUCAGAAAUAUUGGAUGAUAAACGUUACAAUUUGAUUCCCCUGUGCUGCGCAUCGGUAAACAUUGGGGUGAUAGAACUUAGAGGCUUCAAAAUGUUCAUAAUAAUGAUCAUGGCCUAGUAGUUCUUGAUAUCAUUUCUAUCAGAUUGAGAGGAUAGCUAGUAGAAAUUUGGAAUUGCAAUUCGAAGGAAAGCUACGUUUGUGGAUAAAUUUUUUUACUUUUAAGGCAUUUCCCAAUUUGGAAGAGAACUUUUUCAGGAAAUGGGGCAUACUAAAUUUAAAUUUGAAAAAGAUUGAGGAGAAGCCAGAGAAACCGUCCUCCAAUUGCUCUAAGGUGGAUGGCAACUCGAGCACAAGGUAUAGAACUUGAUGGAAUGAAACUAUUCCUUAUGCAAAUGAAUGACAUUUUGGGGUAAUCACCUUUUGUAGCAACCAUAGCCUUGUAAUGUUCUACUUCAAUUGCAUUCUUCAUUCAAUUUUUGGAGCCAUAAUUUGUAUAGAGUACCGGCCACAGUUCACAUUGUAUAUGAAGGUGGAAAUAUUGCUUAUCAGUGAAUUAUGUGAUUGAGUUUGAUGUUAUACUUUCCUUUGAGAUA